AUUUCUGUUGUGAGAAGAGGCGCUUCUUUGUAGUUGCUUCGUUGAACUCUGGUAGUUCUAUAUUAUUGCGCAUUCCGAAUCUGUGGUUUUGAACAGUUAGAAUUUACAGACUACUCUAACUAACAUCAUUUAUGUUCGUUAUCAACAUAGAUUUGUUAAGGUCGUGAUAUAGCAUUGUCAUCAUGAAACAAGUUUGUAAAAGUAAAAAAAUCCAAUUACCAAUAAAACUUCUUGAUGCCAGUGUGGUCGUAAUGAUGAAAAUAUUUUUUCGGAACUAUGUGCCAGUGUUGGAUUUGUACACCCACAUUGAUAAAAAUUUGUUAUCGGAAAUAAGACGAGGCUUCGUAGUGAUGCACGCCACAUCUCGCCAUUUUAUAUUCUGAGAAUUUACUGCUACUUAUUCAAAAUACUCUAAUGUAUAUACUGCAAGGUGUGCAUAUACUGCAAUAUAUUUACUGCAAAGUGCAUGGGCUUCCUUCCCAAGUGACAAAGACAGGACAAGGAUAUGGAUGCCAUUUGCUGCAACAUGGAAAGUUCCCUGGAUUGCCUACCAAAAAAAGGAAGAAUUAUCAAAACCGUUUAGUGAAUACAAAACGUUAAAUGUUUUGAGUUUCAGGCCUUACACCAUAGUAGGUGAAAGUAAAAUUCAAAAAGAAAGUAGGUACAACAUGGAAUCGAGUACAAAAAAGAAACUGGUACAUGUGCUGCCUCACAGGAAACAAGCUCCUAGGAAGCGCACAUCUUCUUUAAGUUAUGAAGAAAGACAAUCUACACCUAGUAAAGAAACAAAUUGUAGUCUUUUUACAUUUCCUGUUCAACCUCAGAAUCCUAAUCGUCCAUUAUCAGAAACUAAAAGUUAUAUAACUGAAUCUGAUUCAGACAGUUAUUCAGACACCAAUACUUCCCAGUAUCAUGAUUUAUCAUCAUUACACACUUGUGUACAUCCACGAUUGAGGUGCCAGGGAUACCAGAGUGAGGGUAGCCCUGUUCCAUUGCAUGCUGUUCCUCGUCUGCUACCUCCUAUUGGUGUUUUCUGGGACAUUGAAAAUUGUCAAGUACCAAAAGGAAGAUCUGCUGUGGCAGUGGCCCAAGUAAUUCGCAAGAGAUUUUUCACAGGAUUCAGAGAAGCUGAAUUUUUGGUAGUUUGUGAUGUCAAGAAAGAAAGUAAUCAGAUUUUGCAGGAAUUAAAUGAUGCUCAGGUUAAUCUCAUUCAUGUGGCAUCAAUGUGUAAGAAUGCUGCUGAUGAAAAGUUACGUCAGUCCAUGCGCCGUUUUGCAGAUAUUCAUGGGAGCCCUGCGUCAAUCAUACUUAUAUCAGGGGACAUAAAUUUUGCUGCUGACAUCACUGAUCUGAGGCACAGAAAGAAAAUUAAUGUUAUCUUGCUUCAUAUGGAGAACGCCUCUGAAAAUCUCAUUCUAUGUGCCAGUGAACACUACAGUUUCUCAGAGCUAGUUGAGGCAUUGCCUCCAAGAGGUGCCAUUAAGCAAUCUAACCAGCCAGUUGAAGUCAUCGUGUACAAUUUACCUGCCGAGAAAGACAGCAACAGUGUGAAAUCACGGCUACGGCAGCUGUCGGACAACUGUGGAGGUCGUGUUACAGCCCUGAAACAGACAUGUGCCACUAUCCGCUUCACUUCUUUUGAUGUGGCUAACAGGGCUCAAAAGCGAAUGGAUGGGGAAGAUGUAUUUGGUCAUAAAAUUCAAGUGAGCGUCCCUGUAAGAGUAAUUGAAAAAGAAGGAUCACCUCAGAAAUUCAAUGGAAACUCAGCAGGGAAAAAAUUCCAAAUGAACGGAGCAAGAGAGAUUAGUGGUGUACGAUCUGAUAAUGGAGUUUCCACUUCCUCUGGCUUGUAUCGUUGUAUUCCAGCAGCUUUUAAUUUUUUAAAUCAGCAUCCUUGUGUGGAGAACUGGAGUGUUUAUGGAAGUACCUCAACAUCUGUUAAUGUAGCACAAGAAUACUAUACUGGCUUAUGUUCUGGUUUUCAUGUUCCUGUAGAUGCUGCCCCUCAUGCUCAGACUUUCUCGGCAUAUGGAACACAGAAUCCUCCUUGUUUCUUAUCCAGGAACUCUCCUGCAGAAAUGAUAAAUGUUCCUUGUGGUUUUGUUGAUAAAGCUCCAAGAGUUUUACGCAAGAUAAGAGGUACACACAAAGGUGUAUUGUUGGAACAAGAACCUACGGAAAUGGAAGAAAAUCAACCUGCAUUUAACUCUGGAGUUAGUAGACUGCAAACUGCAAGACCAUUAGUGAAGACUGGUCCUUCAGAUGCUUCCUCUCAAAAGAAUACUCCUAAUAGUAGGGAUCCUUCCCCAUUAAUGCCACUUGGUACAAGCAAUAUCAUAAAUCCAAGUUCUGGUAAAGGAUGGGGUGCUGUUUCUAGUCGCACUCCAACCCCUGCAUUACAGCAAUAUGAUGGUGAUUUAGAUGAACCAGAGCAUUUUUUUCAUCCUAUUAAUUCAUCUGAUCUUUCAAACAUUAAUGGGUCCAAUUCUAAUGAAUCAGUUGAACUACAUGUAAGCAACUUGGAUCAAAAAUUUGGUGCAAGAGAAAUGAAGAAAAUACUCCUGAAUGCUUUCAGAGAGCAUGUGAUGGUAUUGAGUUUGCUAGUCCUUGUUCAACAAGAUGGUUCACUUAAUGCUCGUGUUAGGUUGGCUUCACAGCAGGAUGCACAGUAUGCAAUUUAUAAAUUACAGCGACACAAAAUAGGGCACAAGAGAAUUAGAAUAUCUCAUGGAUCUAUCACAAGACCAAGUCCUCAAUUAAUCAGAUCGCAAGUAAUUAGUCUUCUCCAAGAAGUACCGAAUCAUAGACUUCCUUUGUUCAAAUUCUGUGAACUUUACGAGAGUCGUUUUUUAUGCUCUAUUAGCAUAUCUGAUAUUUACAAGGUGAAAGAAUGUGAAGUCCUUGAUGGUCCCAGAGGACGUAUAGUUUCUCUGCUAGUAGAGACUAGGAAUUCUCCGUCUCCUCAGCUGCAAGUUUUUCAGGAAAUGGAAGAACUGGAACCACCUUUCUGUCCCUUUCAUGGCCAGGAGAUUCAACCCAAUAAGGGAUGGGCUGAGCAAGAAGUUUCAACAUUACCCUCGGUGAACAUAAGUCUCAAAUUGCUGUCUGUUCGGAUUCAUGCGUUGUUGCAAACUCACAAUGGUAACAUCCAUUUGAACAGCCUUCCCCAGUGCUACGAGGCCCAGUUUGAGCCCUUUGAGGAAGAUAGAGAAGGAGUAGCAUUGGAACAUUUAGUAAGUUGUCUUCCUGGAAUUCAAAUCUUCAAAAGUCCAGCUAGCAUCAAGUAUAUAAGAUGGUCAAAGACUGCAUCAGUAUGUAGCAGUAAUAGCAAAACUGAUGAAGAAACUGGUACAUCAAAUACAUCACUAGCUGGGAAACUCUCUGUGUUUAGUAGAGAAAUUGUAGAGCUUUUGAAGACUUCUCCUCGUUGUCAAAUAUUAUUUGAUAAAUUUAUUCCAGCUUAUCACCAUCACUUUGGAAGACAGUGUAGAGUUGCUGAUUAUGGAUUUACCAAACUCAUUGAACUAUUGGAGUCUCUCCCACAAACAAUUCAGGUCUUAGGAGAAGGGAACAAACGUACAGUCACCCUCAGCCAUCGUUUGCAGCUGAGACGUUUUAUGGGAGACCUUGUAAAAGUACUUCGUAAUCAAGUGAACAAACAAAUAUUGCUCUCGGAACUACCUGCUGCAUUUGAGUGUGUUUUCAAUAAGCCACUAAUUGUGAAUAAUUAUGGUGUGUGUGAUGUCAUGGAUCUGCUCUCUAAUUUUCCUGAUGCAUCAAUUGUGGUGUCUCCUGUUAAUGAACCACAAGAUGAUAUGCUCAUUGCAAUUCCAAAACGUGAACAAACUCCUGAAGAAAUUGAGAAAACAAAACAGUUCGCAGCAGAGGUGAUUACACUUCUAAGACAUGUUCCUAACUGCACCAUGAGGUUCAAUAAGUUUAUACCAGCUCACCAUAUACAUUUUGGUUGGCAAUGUAGGGUUGCUGAUUAUGGAUUCUCUAAGCUUAUUGAACUCUUUGAAGCUGUUCCAGAUAUUGUUCAGAUCAUAAAUAUAGAUGGAGAACGUUGGGUAAAACUCACAAAAGAAGAACAUUUGAAAGUUUUGUCUGAUCAAAUUGCUUCUCUAUUGCAAGGAGCUCCUCAGUGCACAUUGAGUAUUGCUGCCCUAAAAAAUAGUUUUCGUGAUCAGUUUGGCUACUCCUUACAUCCACAAAGUUUCAAUUGUGAAACAAUAGAAGAGCUUUUGUCUUUAUUACCUCAAACACUUAAGGUAGCAGAAAUUGAUGGAAAACAGAAUGUGACUUUGAUUACUACUGACCUGCAACAAUUCAUCAAAGAUAUUCAACAGUUGGUUGUUGAAUCGGGUGGCAAUUUGCCGCUUGCUUCUGUUGAGUCAAAAUACUUGAAAAAAUAUGGGCGACCUUGUCAUCCCUCUCAGUUUGGUUAUCCUAGUUUAGGAGCCUUACUACAAAACUUACAUGAUGCUGUACGUCUGAGAGGCCGUGGAACUCGACGCUCUGUUGUGUUAGUAGAAACUACUCAAUUUGCUGCUGCCGCUGCGGCCACCACUGCCCUUGCCCCUGCUGCUUCUACUGCUGUUUCUGAAGCAUCAUUUGGUGCUUGUUCAGCUCGACCAUCAGUUACUUCAAAUGCUCCUAAUUAUUCAUCAAUUAAUACUACUGUAACAUUUCCGGAUCUUCAAGCUGAUUCAUCUUCUACUAUCGAAGGUUCUAAGGCUCUAUCUUCAGAGAAAAGUAGUGCAUCUGAAGCCCUUUCAGAUCUUGGUACCAUGAAUGAAUUUGAUCCUGUAGGACACCCAAAGCAAAGCACUCCUGGGAAGGGUCCGUGGAGUCAGCGGAUAUUCCCUCAACUAAAAGAAACUGAUUCACCUGCAGCAAUGUUGUCUCCCUCAAGUAAUUUGCUACCUGCCUUCUCAUCUCAAAGAAAUUCUUCCAAAUUAGUGAUGAGUCCUUUGCCUCCUUUAUAUUCAUAUCCACCUUUCCUACCUGGACAUGUUGCCUCCCCAGAACCAAGCACUUUACCUCUCCCCCAGUUGAGCUUGGCAGCACCAUUACUUGUGCCUCAAGAAGCACAGCAGACUUCAUCACUGAAUGAAAGCAGCAGUAGUAGUACUCCAAAUAGGACUAAAGUGAAGAGGCGUCUUGCUGCUCAGUUCCAAACACCACUGGAUUUGCCUUAAAUCUUGCCUCUUCUCAUCCCUGGGCUAUCUGGUUGGAGACUGUUACCAUUUAUUUCUUGCAUUGGAUAUAAUCCAUAAAUCAUUACACAGCAUUCCUGUCUGUACCUAAUAUAUUCUUUGCAGUAUCAAAUUAUUUAUUGUAAUGUGGAUGCAAUGUUAAAAUUUCUUUGCAAAUUCACAUAUUACAUGCCUUUAAUUUUUUGUCCAUAUAAUUUUCAUACUUUUGGUACAUACAUUUUGGUACUAUAUGUGUAGAUAAUAUUGGCAGGUCAAAUCUUCAAUUAAGUUUUAAUUUUUUCUUUUUUUUUUACUUCAAGGUGUAUAACAUUGUGUGGUGUGAAUUGGUAUAUGAAAUGUUAAUAAGCAGCACUGCAAUAAGUUUAAAAAGAUUGAGGCAUUAAUUUUGGAAUGCUCUGAACGUAAUGAUUCAAGGGUUAUAACCAAAUAAAUGUUUUAAAAUAUAUAUAUGUAUAUACAAGAUGUAUUUUGUACAAAACAAAUACUUUGAAUUUAUUUUGCUACAAUGUGUACCAUAGUAUAUUUUUAAUGUAAGUGAAAGGAUAAUUGGAAUACUGCACGAGUUGUUCAAUAUUAUCUUUUUAAGAAAUGGGUGUGCAAGAUGGUGAUGCUUUUUAAAAGGUCAUUUGAGGGUAAGGAGUGUGCAUGCAGCAUAUGAAUCUGUUCCUGAGUAAAUUUUAAUGGUCAGAUUAGUAAUAAAUUGCCAUGAAACUAUAAACUACCUAAGCAUGUAUGGCAUUUGUGGCUCUAAUGAAACUAUUUAUUAUUUUUAAUUUUAUAUGGAUUAUGAAUUAAGCAAAUUGCAAUAUUAUUUGUGAAAAUACGCAAGUUUGUUCAAGAAGUAAUUUAUUUGGUAUGAAUCUUCUAAUUUUAUAUAGUAUGAAAGGAUGAUGACUGGUAUGUUUUCAGUGUCUUUCGCAAAUGCUGAAACUUUCAUAGCUUUCUAUUUUUAUUUUAGUUAUUUUCUUCUUUCUCAUGAAGCACAAGAUAUGUAUUGAUUAGAUUAUUAGAAAAUUCUCAAUCAAUUGAACUAGGAGAAUCAUUGUUCUGAUAAAGAGGAACAGUUGCUCAGCAGCUAGUUUGGGUUGUAAUAAACCAAAAACAUUUGUUAUGAAUUUUCAGUUUUCUUGAAAGGGUCAAGAAAAUGGUUCAGUGACAGAAUUUCUGUUUCAAAACUUCAAAAAAAUCCUUUACUUUAUAUUAUGUUUAAAUUAACUGAGGUAUUUUACUUUCAUUUGAUCUUUCAUGGAAAUUCUGAAAACUUAAUGCUAAAUGCACAUUAGGAAACGGGAGGUUGUCGAAUCCUGCCGCUUGGUCAACAUAUUGCUUGGUGUGUGGAAACAUUGAUUAUGAAUUGAAUAAUGUGCAGUAUUUAAAAAUGCAUUUCAGACAUUUGCACUGAAAAAAAAAUCUCGUAUUUUGAAUAAGUGAUUUUUGUCACUGGUGCCUGUGCUUGAAGAUCAUAUAGAUGUGAUAUUUUUUUACAUAAAUACUUCAGAUAUUUUAAUGGUAAGAGACCUUUGUGUUCUAAUUGUUAAAAGUAGCAAUCUUAGGGCGUGGAAGAUCAUACUGUGAAUGUUGAGGUUUUGAAGUAACAUUCGAUUUUUCAGAUUUAUUUUCAUUACAUUCUCAAAGGCUCAAUGUUAAUUACUGAAUUCAAGAAAUUGGUAUUCGGUCUUUUAGUUCAACGGAAAUGUUACACGAACUGUAUUAAGCAAAAUUGGAAUUUGACAAUAUAUCUGAUCUGUAAAGGAUUUUCUUUCUUUUUGUGACAAGUAGUUCUUAAAAAGUAUUUGUCCUUAAAAGUGAGCUGUUUAGUUGUGUGCAGGAAAACCAUUGUAAAAAGUUGGUGUUAAAAAUUUUAUAAUUGCAUUUCAUGUAUCAAAAUUCAGGCAGGGGAUACUUGCUUGUCAUUGCACCUUAUUGAAUGUGCAAAUGUAAUGUAAUGAAACAUAAAUCUACUUUCUGGUGUGAGGAAAAGAAACUUGCAUAUGAUUUUCCACACAAUUACUGCUUUGCUCACAAUAGAAUGUUCAAGUUUCAAUAAACGUAAUGAUUUCCCGACAAAUACUGAAACAAAUAAAGUUAAAUGAAGUUAUAUAAUUGUAUGAAAGAGAACUUCAUCCUUCGUAUUGUUGCAUUUUAAUUAAUAACUCAUACUUGCCAAGCGAGUAUAAUGUUGUGAACAAAAUAGUGAUAUUUUUAACAGUAUUUUUGCACAGUAUCUUUAUUUAUAAGCACUAAACUGUAGUUAACUUUGCCACUGCCUGGUUCAAUUUUAGCAAUCAGAUGUGUAGAGAACUGUGAUGUAAAAUUUUAAGAGUUACAUGUGAAUUUUUAAAAUAAAUGUUAGGUACAUGUUAAUUGUUAGCUCUUGCAAUAAACAAAUAGCAAUGAUAGAUAUUGGGGGGGGGGAGGGGUGGGGGAAUUGUGCAAACUAGUCACUCUAGCAUUUGUGUGAAAGUGUGUGCAUUCGCACAUGCAUGUGUGUGUUAGUGUGUGAAGGGGUUUAUGCUCUAUGCGAAUUUUACUAGUUUUUACUGUUGUGGCCAUGAAGAGAUAUGCUAGUAGCAUUUUAAAGAAGUUCUCUUUGGUGCUCAAAAAGUUUAAGUAGCUAUUGUGAUAUUUUUAUAUACUAUUAAAGCUAUUUUAAUGAGUCUCUUUUUUUUACCUUCUCAGCCAAUAGAAAGAUGUGGAUUGAUGUUCACUAAAUGUUACGGAACAAAUCUUUCAGUAUUGCAAUAUACCAAUGUAUUCUACAUUUUUUUAUUUGUUGAAUUGUUGUAAUUUUUCUUCCUUUGUAAUGAAAUUUGCAGUAUGUAGUCCAAAGGUGUCAAAUAACUUUUACAGAAGACUUCUGGUAAACUUGAUAACUUUACUGUUUCAAAUCUAAAUAGUAAGAUUACAAGCAAUUGCUGCUCCUGAAAGUUUUUACAUAUAUCAUUGUCCUUGUUAUUCUUACCCAUUUAUAUUUUCCCCUUCUAUAAUAUCUAAUCUUGUUGAUAAUUUUUCAGAAUUCAACCAUAAAUUCUUUCAUAAACUGGAAGAUUCCAGUAAUGUUAAUUGACACCUCUGGAAGUAAAAAAUAAAAUUCUAGCUAAGACAUUAAUGGAAGCAGUUUCACAUUCUUCCUUUAUCCCAAUCUGAUGAUCUCAUGAGUAAUUAUUUUUCAUAAUAGAUAACAAAUCUAAUUAGUUUUUUAUGAAAUUACAUAAUUCAUAUUAUACUACUCACAAUUUAACAUUUUUAUCUCUUCUACAAUUUUAUAAACAGGAAUCAGCACUGGAAAAAUGCAGUGCACUAUUUCAUUCUUCUUAAAUUUUUAUGAAGUUAGUCAAGAGGUCAACAGUGAAGUAAUAUACUUUAUUGUGUAAUGGUAAAUAUGGAUGUUAUUUAAAAAAGUAAGAAAUCUGUUUAAUUAAUCUUCAGAAAUGUCAAAUAUUUGUACCUUAGCCUUACAAAUCGUACGAUUUAAGUCGGUGUGUUUAAGCUAUACAUACAAAUUAUUUGCUCAAUUAGAUCAGUAUUAAUGGAGAUGAGCCUGCCUUCUCUAGAAAACUACUUGUUUUUGCGAAUCUUCACAUAAUUGUCAAUUGUCUUACCAAACUUAACGAACACAGGUUUAGCAUUUUCUCUAGAAUUAUCAAUGUAUGUUUCAUGAAACAAUCACUGCCAAUUCAAAGUAGCAGUUGGGAAGAGUCUAGUAUCUUGAAUCUUGCAGAGAACAAUAAAUCUUCAUUGAAUUGUCAAGUGUGUCAAAUUUUAUACCUUAAUACCUAUCAUGUGGUUUGAAAAAUUUUCAGUGACCAGAUUUCUUGUAAAAAUGGGCUGUAAGUAUUGUUAUGUCAAAGUACUUUAGUACAAUAACCAGGAAUAUCCCCAAUGUGAAGUUUGUCAAUAAUGCCUUUUAUAACCCAAAAUCUGAGGUUUCUGAAGAGAAGUUCAAAACAUUUUAGGUUUGCGAAGAGAAGAUUGGCUUGGAAGACAAAGCCUUGCUACAGAAUUGGUUUUUGCCACAUUCCAAUUAAAAGAACUUGAAUUGUAAGCAUUAAAAUAAUUCAAAGAGCAGUAUUUCAAAUCUAAUUUGCCUCAAACAAAUUAUUUAAUUUUUGUAAUACAAUCUUGGUUUCUCCAAAUGCAUAUGUUGAGGUUACAUUCAACUGUCCACUUAAUAAUCACAAAUAAGGAAUUUAUAAGCCCAACAACAGAAAUACUGUUUCUGACCUGAAGUGGCAUUUCCAGUUACUCCAAAUUUUAUAAUUCAAGAAUUGAAACAUCAAACAUGUAACAUAAGGUUCUAAAACUUUAACAUAUCUAAAUGUCUUGAAAUAUUAAAUGCAACCUACAAGCUGACCAUAAACAUGCCUUGCCAUAAAGAAAAAAAUGGUGGGUAAAUAAUUUACAAAGCUUCUGCAAGUUCUGUGUUGUUGAAAUUUAUAGUUGGUGUCUGAAAGACUUUUUGCCCAAAGAUUCUGAAGGAAUAAAUGACUUGCUAAAUAAUCUUGUAGGUUGUAUCAACAAGGGAUCUUUCCUGGAUACAUGCAGUAGUCAAAUUAUAAAAUCUUUCAAACUUGCCUCAUAACCAAAAAAAACAUUUUUUGGAAGAUAUAUGGUUGUAUGUGACGUUAAUCUGAUAAAUAUUUUCAGGGGUGGUGCUGCCUAAAGCACAGACCAUCAAGGUGCACAAUUCUGUCUGUUAAUUUAAAACAUUUUAUUAUUUUUUUGUUUUUGUGGUAGUGUUUGAGGGUGAUUAAUAUUCAGAAUUAUUUAAUGAAUGCAUUAAUUUUUAUUGCAAUAACUUGGGAUUAUGUUAUGUCUGCCCAAAAUUUCAAGGAUUUUUCUUGGAAUAAAUAAUUAAACCUUUCUCAUUCAAAAAAAUAAACUAUUUUGCUAGAAAACAAAUAAAUUGUGAAUCUCUAUACCUUUAAUAAAUGUUGUAUUUUAAUUACAAAACAUUUUUUAUUGAAUAUUUAUCAAUGUACCACUUAAUUAUAAUAAAAUUAUUCUGAAACAAUUGAUGACUAGCAACCAUAGGCCAUUAUCCAGCAAUUUAUUUAAUUUGACAAAUAAUGUACCAGAAACAAAGUGAUGAAUUUGUUUAGUGUAACCGUAUCAAUUGGGCAAAUUUUCAAAAUUAGUUUUUUAUAAACUGACUUCACAAACUAACUUUAAUUGGUGUUAAUACACUUUACUCAUUCUUAUUGAGAAUAUAUUGUCUCUAAAAUUAGUAGGUAUAAUGAAAUGACAAUUAAUUAUAACAUAACAAGAAUAGAUUUUAUAACAGCACACUCAUAAGGUAUCCCAUUCUUUCAGAAAACACUUACUUACAAUAAAUUUUUUAAUGAACAUUUCUCAGUUUAAAAGGCUGGUUUCGAACCAUUAAGGAAUCAAAAAAUUAGAUUCCAUAAUUUUUUUAAUUCAAAUAUUGUCAAGCAGAAACACAAAAAUAGCCCUCUUUCGACAUAACUUCACCAAAAUUCAUUGUAUGCUCAUCUCUGACUGCAGAAAAUUAAUAGAGGCGAACAAUCUAUCUGACGUUAGCAAAGUCAGAUUGAGUUAGUAGUUCAUGUGUUAAUUGAUAAAAUAAAAUGUCACUAAUCAUGUUCUGUAAUUUUUGUUAUAGCAUAUUUGGAAUGAAAAAAGUAGAAAGAUUUCCUUAAAUUCCUCUAAAAUGUUUUCAUUUCUCCGAGAAUGUAUUAAAUUAUAGUUGUUGGUGUUGUAAAUGAUUCCUGAAAAUUUUCAUUUUAAACAUGACUUUAGUCGUUUGCCUUAUGUGAAUACAUGUAAUAUUGAUCUCUUCUAACUGCAGUAAUCAAAUAAUUCCAAAUUGUGUAAUAACUAAAGUUUUCCUUUAUUUUUACAGCAAAAGUAAUGAUUUUAAAUUUUUUGCAUUUCAUGUGAAAAAUUAAUACUGAAUGAUUUAAUUGUUACAUAUCAAUUGAUUAUUUUUUAAUAAGCUUCCAUCUCUAGCAUACAAUGGUAGGAGGAAGAGGGUCCUCAAGAAUCAGAAAGGAAAACCACUGCUUAUCCUCCCUUCUUGUCUGAGGUCAUCCUACAGAACAAUGUUCUUUGGAGUGAUAUUAUACAACUUCUUAGGUUAUCUUCUUAUGAUGCAUCCUCUGCGUGGUUUUCUUUACUCCCUUAUUUUUAUAAUUUAAAAUAAAUAUCCCAUGAAUUUCUUGUAUCUUUCUUAUUUUUCCUUCUCAAGAAAAGACCAACAUAGACUUCAAAAACAAUUUCAGAAAUGUGAAUUGCUGUGGCACUUGGCAUUGUAUUUUACUUCAAUGAAACCAGUUGGCACAGCUAAUAAUUUAUAACAUUUUUGGAGGACAUGUUUUCUUACCUUAAUUCUUCAUAGAGGUCAUAAGGUUCCAUUUUCUACAUCAACUUCCUAAUGAAAUGUUACAGCCUAGAAACUUCAAAUAGUGGAGUUGUUCAAUAAUUUUCUUGCUCAUAACCAAAUUACAUCUUACAAGAAAAUUUUUGAAAAUCCAUGGAUUUGGUUUGUAUCUACUGCAAUUGCAGUAGAUAUAUAGUUAUAAGGUUGCUGGUGAUGCUGAUUCUUGGUUAUAAAUUUAAAAUAUUCUUAAUUUCGGAUAUCCUUUGUAAUUCAAACGCCUAGGGAUGCGUAAGUUAUCUUUGUUAUUUACAAUUAGCACAUUAUCACCAGCAACUAUAAAGGUUUUGACAAAACUGUGUCAAAAAACAAAAAGUUGUCCAUAAUACCUAUCAAUUUAAUCUCCUCUUUCUAUUAUCUUACAGCAGCUAUAAAAUUUUCCAUUAUGCCCCUCCCCUUCCCCUAUUUUUCUUUGUUUCCACCCCUCUUGACAGGAUUGUAUUAUUAACCCUUUGCUCUUGUUAACCUUGCCUGAGAUGAUAACUUGAGUUGAUGAAUGUUGUCCUACAGGGCGGAGGGAUCUCAGUUUACACGAGAAAUAUUGGAGGAUUUGCAUGCUUCACCCUAUAGUCGGCCUGGCCAUUGUUUCAGUCUCAUGAGCAGACAAGUUACAUUUUAUUAAACUAGCAUUGAAUUUUAAUCAUAGACCAUUGUUAUUUUUCCUUUAACUUCACAAUUGACUAGAUAUUUGAAUAAUAAAUUCAAGAAAUUACAAUAUAUUUUCUUUAAUCAUGAAAUGCAUGUUCCAAUUAGAUGUACUUUAGCGGUGAAAUUUAUUGAUUCUAUAAUUUCAGAAAUAAAAAAGCCAAUACAACACAAGAAAAUUUUUGUUUUAUUUUUAAUUUGAAGAUUAAAUGUAUGCAGGAAUAAUUUUCCCUUUUUCUACAUAUCAGCAGCCUCUAAAUUGUCCAUUUUCAACUUAGUUACAGCUACAAAAUAGAGGUACCACCCUGUAGUGAGACAUAUGCAACACACACUAAGAGAAAGACACGAAUGAGUGUGGCAAAACAUUUGAUUAGAUUGUGUUUAUUUGUAUUUCAAUAGUCCAUUAUUUUCGAUUUGCAACACUAUCUUUCUUGGAUGGAAAUCAUAUCUAUAACUACAAAGAAAAGCAUCCGUCUACUCUUCGAUGCUCGACUGGAACGCGGAGUAAAUGCUGCCAUUUGAGAGAUGCCUUCCGACCUGUAGGGCGAGCCACUUUCUUGAAAGCUCCGAGCUAAGAGUAAUACACACCAUGUCAUUUCAUGGAUGCCCUUCGACAUGUAGGACAUUUACAUUAUAAAACUCAUCUGUCCGCAAAGGGUUACCAGCCAACCUUAAACAGUGAACCUGAUGGUAGGACUCCAGCAGGUCUAAAAGGGUGGAUUCAAAAGAUAAAAGCCAAACUUAAAUGCUCUAUAAAGUACUAUAUUUCUUACAAACGAAUAUCACUGUACAGACAACGUGUAGUAAAGUCUAACCUUGGGCAGCAUUUUCACGCAUGCCCGUACCAACUGGACCAUGUCUUCUCUCCCAAACCAUACGAUGUUUCUGCUUCAUAAACGCUGCUUUCACAUCUCCAUACGCUCCUAAAUCACCAUACUUGAUAAACCAAUUUUCAGACUCUUUCAAGUAUUGCUCGUGAAGAGGUCUACACUUCUCAAUAUUUGGUGAUUCAUAAAGAAUGCAAUCUUCAUAGCGUUGUCGCAGUAUAUUAACUAUUUCAGAUUCUACCAUCCUGUCUCUCUUGUACUGGAGAUUGGCUUCGGUGUAACAAACUAUAUCGUCAGUAUAACACUCGUCAAUUGUAGGCACACGACGGAAUUUCUGAUGGUACCAAUAGGUAGUCGGCCUAUUAGGUUCCACCACUUACCUCUGAACCAUAUUACAGGAGCUUCAAUGAAAGACACAAAUGCGUUCGUGAAACGAUCAAUCGGACUUCUCAACGGAUUAUCACCCAUUGUGGGCCACUUUUCAAUUUCACGAAAUAUGUACUGUUUGUGAGGCAGACCAAAUAUAUAAGUUUUUGCCUGGAAUAGAUCAGGCAAGAUGAUUAUUCUUUGGAUCAGAGAAUGUUAGUCUAUUGUUUUUGAUAGAAGGUUGC